AGUGUCCAGUGCGCAUGCGCGCGGAAAAGGCGACACAAAUUCAAACGGAAAAGAAAGUAGACAAGGUCAGAGAUCUGCAGCCCAGCCGGACAGCGCCACAUGGAGGCCGUUUUAAAGAACGUUUCCUCCACCGUGGAGCUGCUGACUGUGUCUGCCCUCAGCGGUGAGGUCAGCCAGUGGGGUGAGCAGGCCGCGUCCAGGGCUUUCCACUGGGCUAGAUACUGUGAGCAAAUCCACGCCAGGUUCCACAGUAACCCCCCCAUCAGAGGAGUCCUGGAGAAGCAGCUGCAGCUGACCAAUCACCGGCUGAGGGAAGCUCUUCCUGAACAUAAGGCCGUGUACUUCCGGGAUCUGGGUCGCUGUCAGGACCUGCUGCUCCUGUGUUUGCUGAACAACUCUGCUCUGCCCUCCUCCAUCAUGAAGAUGCUCUUUGACACCAGGAUGUCUGUUAACGCUACAGGCAGCGGCUACGAAGACGUCAGAGGCCUCUGCAGCCAGAUCAUUCAGUACAAAUCUGCCUGUAAGGUCCUGCAUCAUCUGGAGCCCCGAACUGUUGGUGCGGAUGCUGAGGUCCAGGGGGAGAUGCUGAUGGAGAGGUUGGGGUCCGAGCUGAGCCGAAGCGGCCAUCCUCGCUGGGCAGAAGAUUUUAUGAGCUCCGUCCUUCAGGAAUUUGAGGGCACAGCAGAGCAUUUGUGUUUAGUCACGGCUGCAGCUCUGCUGACGGCCGCAGACUCAGCCACACAAACUGCUUCUCAGGAUUUUCUCCUAGACUGGUUGCAGAGUCGACACGUCGUGCUGCAGCACAUGUGCUCAGAGCUGCCUUCUAAGCUGCUUGCAGACUUGGCAAAAAGGCACCAGAAAUUUAGAGAUGGGUUUUGCAGCUUUUUAAAGAAGUUGGCCUCAGAGAUGGAGUACAGGAUAAACGAAGGUGAAUGGAUUCACACAGACUCUGCUGUUUCCUUCCAGAAAGUGACGCAGGACCUUCAGACCCUCUUUGAGGCCUGUCCCUCUCUAAGGACAGAAACAGAGGAGGAGUUCAAUGCGCUGAAGAUUGCUGAUGGUGACUUUGACGUCAGAGGUCUGAGUGUGUGGGGGGACCUCCUCAUGGCCUUCAGCAAGUGAUGCUCAGGCUUCUGGUUUCUGUAGAACUACAACAUUUAGGAUCGUUUACAGCCUAAUCUGUGUUCCACAUCUACUUUGGUAUUAAAUAAAAUAAAUUGAAAACCUUUAA